UGGCUCCGAGCUCCUUUUUAUUAAAGAGAUGCUGUAACGUUUGAUCCUCAGAGGAUUUCUGCAGACAUGGAGCUUCUACCACUUCUGUUUCUGAGCUUCUGUUUCCUGACUUUGUCCGGACUGACGUUUGGUGCUGAAUCCGGACCACCUGACAGCAGAGUGAUUGUGAUGGAAGAUGAUGAUGUCAUUUUACCCUGCUCCCUCAGCACCAAUGAGAACAUUGAGAAAGAACUGUUUGUCUGGAAAAAGGAAGGAACAGUUCCUCUAAAGGAGGUGUUCAUGUUUGAUGCCGGCACAUAUAGCAAAGGUCAAGAUGAUGAAUUCAACGGUCGAGUCUCACAUUUUCCAGAACAGCUGAAGCACGGCAACGCCUCCAUAAGAAUGAGUAAAACUAAGCUGGAGGACAGAGGAAUUUAUACUUGUAGUUUUCCAGUGAUGCAGCCCAGUGUAAAAACAUCCCGCAUUGAGCUUGUUGUUGGUUCCGAAAUCAAAGUGGUUGUACGAGAAGGAAGUGACGCCAUUCUACCCUGCUCACUCAACACCAAAGAGAGUGUUGUACAAAAACUGUUUGACUGGAGGAAAAAAGCACCAAAUAGACAGGAUGUGUUCAUGUACGACGGAGGCCUUCAUUACUAUAAUGGCCUUCCAGGUCAAGACGAGCACUUCAGAGGACGGGUCUCACAUUUUCCACUAGAGCUGCAGUUUGGUAACGCCUCCAUCAUCAUCAGAAACACCACGGUGGCUGAUAGUGGAAACUACACCUGUGAUUUUCCACAUCUGCAAACACAACAAGCAUUUAACAUCAGGCUUGUUGUGGAUCCUGUGAUCAGAGACAGAGUCUGUGACAUUCCAGGUAGAGUAGCAAAACCAUUUGCUCGGAUCCUGAAAAUCAGCGAGGACGAGGCGGUGCUGAAGUGUGAGGUCAGAGGUGCUUCUCCAAAGCCUAAAGUAGAGUGGAGGGACGGGGAUGGAAACAUCCUUCCUGCUGAGGAGCCACAGGUGUCACACACAGGAGAGCGCUAUGACAUCACCCUCCUCACCACGGUGACCAGGACAAACACCAACCACUUCCUCUGUGUAGCCACACAGGAGGAGAUCGGCCAUAAGAUUGAGGAUAAGCUCUACGUCACUUACUGUGAAAACCUGUUUAAAGGCACAUCUGGACAAGAUAUCACUGGAUUGGCUGGAUGGUUCAUUGGAAUGCUAAGCUUUGCUUUAGUUCUGGCUGUGCUUGUGACUACAAGGACUAUCUCAAUACGCACUAACAGAGGCUGCCCUGGGAGUGAAAACAAAUCCUCAGAAGAUCCACCAGCACCAGAUUCUGAGACAGGCGCAGAAGAAUUAAAAAGUCUAAAUAAAGUGGUUUGUUCCCCAGCUACUUGACACUGCUCGUUGGCAAAUUACAGAAACACAGAUUCUUAGUUUGUGGUUGUCAGUUAGUUAGAAAGCACUAUGCAGAUAGAUGAAGAUACACACAAGAGUUAUCACGUGUGUGUGUAUGUGUGUGUAAAUGGGUUCAUCAAUUAAUAACACCAUUAAUUUAAAAAGAGUGGGUGGAUUAGCUUGUUACAUUGAUUAAAGUAAAACCCUUAAAACAAUCUGAUGAAACUGUCUUGAUCAAAUGUCCAGCACAGUUAACCCUCUGCAGUCUAACCUGCUGCUGGAAUCAGAAUUUUUUUUAAAUAUCUGUAAUCCUUGAAGCAUUGUGUUAUGCUGUGCUUUUGGAGAACUGCAAAGGGAACAGUAAUAAUGUUGAUACCUUUAAGACUAAGGUUUGAUUCAGGCUUCUGUGAGAAAUCUUUGUCGUUGUUUGGGGGGUUUUUUUACAUUGCACUUGUAUUGACCUUCUGCUCAUAACAUUGUGUGUGUCUGUCAUGUAAAUUACACCAUGUAAAUAAUUGUU